AUGACUAAAAACCAAAAUAGUAAAAAUAGUAAAAAUUCACCACACUGCUCUCAAGCAUCAACACCUCUGCCUAAUGAAGGUGAUCAACUUCAAUCCUCUCAUAACAAUAUAAUUGAUGAUAAUGAGAAUAGAAAACCUGAAAUACCUGCAAGCAGAAAUGCACAAAUCAAUGUGUCGAUGACUCCGGAAGAGGACGAAGUCAAUAGCUGGAAGGAACAAGUUCGAUUUUGGCAGAAUCAGCAUAAUAAUUUUCUUGUUCAAGUUAAGAAAAUUCGGGAGGAUAUGGAUCGUAUAAAGACUGAGAAUGACGCAUUAAUUUUCAUCAAUAAGGAGCUCAGAAGAAUGAAUGACGAAUUGAUGACAGAAAUUCAAUCGCCUCAGUUCAAAGAUGAUAAUCGCUUCUAUAAAGAUUGUUUACCACCAAAUAAUGCACCAGAUUGGGCUUGUAAACCUAAUGACAGUACUCAAGAGACAGCUCCAAAUAGAUCACAAACUCCUUCAGCUCGACCAGUUCGUACUGAAAUUCAAUCAGCUAGUACUGGAUCGGCUAGUACUGAAAGGACGACUCUGAAUGUGCGACUAAUAAAUCCUCCACCAACUCGUAAUUACGAUGAUUGGAUUAAUUAUAAUGCCGAAUAUGAGCAUCAAUACAGGGAAUCGUCAACUACUAGAAUGAUUAGAGGAGCAAUACAAAAAGCUGAUG